AGAGCUGGGGAGGAGGAGGAGGAGGAGGGAAGAAGAGCGGUGGGUGCCCAGGAUAGCUGCAAAUGGGGGAGGGGAAGGAAUGGGCUUGGGCUGGUUUCCUCCAUCGCAGUGGCCAGCAGUGGUCCCACGCUGCCUCCCGCUGUGCCCCUGGGUGCUGGGACCCCUUGGGCUCCCUGCUAAGACCCUCCUGAUGCAAAAGGCUGGGAGAUUUGGGAGGACACCCCUUUCCUACACCUCUGCUGCGAGGAGAGAGGCCAUGGCGGCGAUGUUCCUGCCCGGCAAUCUCCAGGACGAAGCCACUUGCUCGUCUGCCUGGAGUUCUUCAAAGACCCCGUGUCCAUCGAGUGCGGGCACAACUUCUGCCGGGCGUGCAUCAUCAAGAGCUGGAAGGACUUGGAGAUGGACUUCCCCUGCCCGCAGUGCCGGGAGGUUUUCCAGCAGAAGAGCUUCAGGCCCAACCGGCAGCUGGCGAACAUGGCCGAGAUCAUCAGCCAGUUCGCCCUCCGGGGGGCCAAGGGGGCCGAGGAGGAUGGGCUGUGCGCGAAGCACAGGGAAGCCUUGAAGCUCUACUGCAAGGACGACCGCAGGACCAUCUGCGUGGUGUGCGACCGGUCCCGGGAGCACCGGCCUCACGCCGUGGUGCCCGUCGACGAGGCGUCCGAGGAGUACAAGGAGAAAAUCCAGGGCCGCUUGGAUUUCCUGAAAAAGGAGAGGCAAGAGCUGCUGGAAUUUAAAGUGAACGAUGAUAAGAAAACCCAGGAGCUUUUGAAAACAAUAGAGAAUGAGCGGCAGAAGCUGCUGGUGGAGUUCGAGGGGCUACGGCAGUUCCUGCACGACCAGGAGCACAUCCUCCUGGGGCAGCUGGAGAAGAUGGAGAAGAGCAUCGCCAAGAGGCAGAACGAGAACAUCUCCGACCUCUCCAAGGAGAUCACGCUCCUCAACAAGCUCAUCACGGAGCUGGAGGAGAAAAUCCAACAGCCCAUGCUUGAGUUCCUCAAGGAUGUAAUGAGCAUCAUAAGCAGAAGUGACGAUGUGAAGAGCCACAAGCCUGUACCCGUGUGCACGGAUAUGAAAAUGCACGUCUGCAAUUUCUCUCUCAAGACCGUCGUCCUUGAGAAAGUCGUAAAGAAAUUCAAAGAAAACCUGCGGGAUGAACUGGGAAGAGGUGAAAAAGAGGACCUGACCCUGGACCCCGAAUCGGCGAACCACCUCCUCAUCCUCUCCGCGGACCUCAAGAGCGUGAGGAUGGGCUGUAGGAAGCAGGAGCUGCCCGACAACCCCAAGAGAUUCGACACGAACUCGCGGGUCCUGGCCAGCACGGGCUUCAAGUCGGGAAGACAUUACUGGGAGGUGGAGGUGGGGGCCUCGGACGGUUGGGCCUUCGGGGUGGCCAGGGAGUCCGUCAGGAGGAAAGGGCUGACGCAGUUUUCCCCCGAAGAAGGGAUCUGGGCGGUGCAGCAAAAUGGGGGCCGCUACUGGGCGGUCACCUCGCCCCAACGCACGCCGCUGUGCCUCAACCAGAAACUCAACAAGGUCAGGGUGUACCUGGAUUACGAAGGGGAAGAAGUGUCCUUCUACAACGCCGACAACAUGCAGCACAUCUUCACCUUCAACGUCGCCUUCCAGGAGAAGGUGUUCCCCCUCUUUUCGGUUUGUUCCACGGUUACGUACAUCAAACUGUGCCCUUGAGGCUCAGGGCCUCUAUCCAUGGUCAAGGCCUGGUCGGCCGCGAUGAGCUCAAGGGACUCUCAAAACAACCACGCAGCCUGGGUCCUCACUAUUUGGGGUCUUCAAAUCAGCUUAAAACAGAGAAUAGAUAUUAAAAACUAAAGCUAUUAUAAUCAGCAGCCCCCAGAAGUUUGCAGCCACCGUCUUAAACCUAUCCUUGAAGCAACCCAACUCCUCAGAGAGAAGGAAACCACCGGUAGCUGGAUUGGGGCUCAAAGUUUGAUAACAAAUGGGCAUUUUUAUUUUCUUGUGUGGGUCUAAGGAUUACUAAGACCCACCCAAGACCAGGGUGGGGAGGUUGUGGAGCAGAACUCGCCUUUGAAAGCAUCGUUUCCUCAAAAAUGAAAUGUUCAGUGGGUAAAGAUGCCAUGGAAAAGGUGUAGAGAGUGGACAGGACACUUUGGACUUCCAUCCAAAACUAGAAAAUGGAACACUGCUUUCUUUUUGAUCAAGUAACAUCAGCUAGAAAGCUCAGCUGGGGGGUUUGCCUCUUUCCCUCUUUCUGGGAAGAAAGGCCCCACAGUAAAGGGCAGGUUACUUAUUUUAGGUUCUCCUUCUAAAAUUUGGUAUAAUGCACUCCAAAGCCUGUUUUGUGCUGUCCCAAUGGUGGUCUCAUCCAUCCUGGGUGAUCUGAACCAUGUGGCCACCAAGAUCUGACCUCUCCUGGAUGGAUACCAUGGCCUUUGGGUUGUUCUUUCCAUCAGCUUGGGUUUGUGCUCUCUGCUUUGUUUCUCUGACCGUAGCCCUUCUGGGCAGGUAGUGCUGCUAUUUUGAAAAAAAGGCCAAAAAAAAAAAAAUAAAAUAAAAUAAAAAGGGCUUUUCUUGUGGAAAAAAAAAAAAAAAAAAAAAGUUAACAUUGCUCAGGUGUGUUUGACCUGCAAGACCUGUAUUUCUGAAUUGUGGUGCUCCUGUGUAGCUGCUCCAGAGCUCCCCUCCCUGCCAGAAAAUGCCAUUUGCAAAAUAACGUGGUAAGGUUACUUUGCUCGUAGCGAUGUGGUGCUGGAUCUCCUUUAUUUCCUCAGUCUCUGUUUACAUCUCAGCAAAAUCACCCAUUUACCUUCACUUUGUUUUUCAUGGAAAUCUUCACUCUUUGCCAAGACAGAGCAGAAAUUGAGUGAAUCCACGAGAAAACAUCUCUGUGUUAUUUCCUCAGUGGAGAGGUGCUUUGGUGCCUUCUUUUUUUAUUUUUAUUUUUUUUCCUUUUUUUUUUUUUUUUUUUUUUUUUUUUCUUUUUUUCUUUUUUCUUUUUUUUCUUUUUUUUCCUUUUUUUUCCUUUUUUUUCUUUUUUUUUUUUUUUUUUUUUUUUUUUUUUUUUCCCCAGGUAUACAGGAUUAUCUUCCCAAUGCAUCAUUAGAAGCUUUCUCUGUGCACAGCUGAGCCCUCAGCUCUAUCCCAGGUAAUGGAAAUGUGACCAGUGACUACUGGAGAUGAAGCACAAUCCAUUUCCAAUGAGGUUCAUUAAUGCUGGUUAAUUUAAGAUGCCUUUCCAUUAGUCAUAAAAAGAGCUGAGGGUGACCAGCCAAGGUGUGACCAUCUCAUUUUUUUGGCUGGUGAGUUUUUUUUUCCUAUCCUGAGGGUCUUUUAUUUUUUUAUUAUUUAUUUUUUUUAACGAGUUUGGCUUUAAAUCCACAUUAGUUAAAACUGCAGCAGCUUUUAUGAAGGCCAAGCCUUGAAUAGGUGAGCAAAAUGCCUGGAUUUUCUAAGCUUUGUCCAUUGCUGAAACAAUGCAGCUGUAGAAGCUGUAAAAAUAACAGUAAAAGAGCAAUCCCUGGAAUAAAAAAAGGUAGUAGCAGCAGACGUGGGAUUUGUUUUAUUGCAACUCGGUGUUUGUCCUAUCUGUACAUGAGAAGUGCUGCUUUUCCCUCAAAAUGUGCAAAAUCCCGUGGGAAGCAAAAACGUUGCAUAAAUGGAUUUGAAAGCUUCCAAGCUGUUCCUAGGCUGUGUGCUACAAAUAAAAUGUGAAGGUGCUACCCGA